AUGUCGUCAGACUAUACCUAUGAUGAGCAGGGUCAAUUCUUCCCCUUCUUCAUCUUGACCUUGACCGGCCUGGUCACCCUUCCUCUCACCUAUAACCUCCUCCGACCCAGCAAAGAGCUUGAAAACACCGCUCCCCGCAUCAAAUCCGAUUUCAAACCUCAACAUGCCGAACUUGUCGAGGCACAGAAGCGCAAGCGUCUGCGCAAGGAGCGCCGAAUCAAGCGCAUUAUCACCGUGAUUCUCGGAUACGUGGUCAUGGCCUGGAUGGUCUAUUUGAUCAUGGUCACGGCCCGGACCACCACCAAACUUUAUGACCCGUACGAUAUUUUGGGCGUUUCAAGGAGCGCCGACGAGAAAGCUAUUUCCCGACACUACAAGCGCCUUUCCCUCAUCUACCACCCCGAUAAAAUCCGACCCGACCCCGCCAAGAACGAGACCAUCGAGGAUUUGAACGAGCGCUUUGUGGAGCUCACCAAGGCUUACAAGGCUCUGACCGAUGAAGAGAUCCGCAACAACUAUCUGCAAUAUGGCCACCCCGACGGCAAGCAGAGCUUCAGCAUCGGCAUUGCUCUCCCCAAGCUCAUCGUUAUGGAUGGCAAUGGAAAGUAUGUGUUGUUGGUUUAUGGAGCCCUUCUGGGUGUUCUUCUGCCUUACAUUGUUGGCAAGUGGUGGUAUGGCUCUCAGCGCUACACCAAGGAGCGUGUUCUGGUCGCCAGUGCCGGUAACAUCUUCCGUGAAUACAAGGAGGAUAUUACCGAUGGUGGUAUCAUCAAUGCCUUGUCUUCUGGCGAGGAGUUCAAGGAUAUGCUCAAGGGCGCUCAGGCUGAAGCUGGUCUCGCGAAGCUAGAAAGGAACGUUCUGUCAGACAAAUGGGCUUUCCUCUCUCCUCAGGAUCGGGAGGCUAUCAAGCAAAUGGACAACACCACUCGACGAAAGGCCCUGGCCUUGUUGUGGGCUUACUUGGGCAGAAUUGAUCUUGGCGAUGCUACUCUUGACGCGGAGAAGUACGAGGCCGCUCCUAUUGCUCUCUCCUUGGGCGAGGCCUUUACUGCGAUCUCUCUGGCCUUCGGCAACCUUCGACCGAUCAUCGGUUCUUUCACGGCUUCUCAGAACUUGAUCCAGGCACUGGCUCCUGGCGCGUCCCCGCUUAUGCAACUCCCGAAUUUCAACGACGCCGUGGUUAGGGCCGUGGAAGGAGAGCACACCAAAGAACACAUCACAGUUCAGCAGUUCAUGAAGAUGCCCGAGCAACAACGGCUGGGCCUCACCGUGGGCGCUGGUCUUCUUUCUGAGAAGCAGUACUCUGAUGCCAUCACUGUUGCACAACAAUUGCCAGUCCUGGAUGUUUCCAGGGCGUUCUUCAAGGUCAUGGGCGAGAAGGUCAUCACUCCUAGCAGUCUGGUACAACUGGUUGUGAAGGCUCGCUUCAUUCCCCCUGGCUGCACCGAGGUGCCGGCCGUGAACGAGCUGGAUCUCGAGGAUAUUGACCCUGAUGAGGAUGAUCUUGACGCUUUGAUGGGCCGCAAGCCGGCCAAGAACCGCGCCACCAAGCUCGUCGACGGCAAGAAGGUCGAGAACAAGGUCGAAACCAUCCAACCCCCCUCGCCCACGCCCCGUACUUCGCCCGGCAAAAUGGCUGUUCCACCAUUCACAUUUACGACAUUCGACAAGCCGAUUCUCGACGAGGCCGGCAAGCCCACAUUCAACGUUCAGACCCUCAAGAUGCAGUUCCAGGCUCCUCCGCAAGUGGGCGACUUCACCUUCGUCAUGCAUAUGGUCUGCGACAGCUACCUAGGCCUAGACACCAAGAUGGAGAUUACACUGCAUAUUGACGAUCCUGCCACGGCAGCAACCGUGGAUGAGGAGGACGAAAUCAGCGAACCCGACGAGGACUCCAUCGCUGGCCAGAUGCACGCACUCAAGACCGGCCAACCCCCGAAGAAAAAGACCAGGAAGUCUUCCGACUCCUCCAGCGAGGACAGUGACACCGACGGCGACGCAGGCGAUGCCAGCGACACCGACACAGAGACGGAAGAUGAGGAUUGA